GGUUGACCAAGACGAGAUUGACCUGAUAGACCGGAGGAGAAAAAUGGCGUUCACAUUCGCGGCCUUUUGCUACAUGCUUGCAUUGCUGCUCACAGCAGCUCUUAUCUUAUUCGCUAUCUGUCACAUAAUAGCAUUUGAUGAGCUGAAGACUGACUACAAGAAUCCUAUAGAUCAGUGUAACACAUUAAACCCGCUGGUGCUUCCAGAGUAUCUCAUCCAUUUCUUCUUCUGUGUGAUGUUCCUUUGUGCGACUGAGUGGCUCACGCUCACACUCAACUUGCCGCUGCUGGCUUAUCAUGUCUGGAGGUAUACGAGCAGACCAGUGAUGAGCGGUCCUGGACUCUAUGACCCAACCACCAUCAUGAAUGCUGACAUCCUAGCCUACUGUCAGAAGGAAGGCUGGUGCAAACUGGCUUUCUACCUCCUGUCAUUCUUUUACUAUCUUUAUGGGAUGAUCUACGUUCUGGUGAGCUCCUAAACAUGAACCUCCACUCCGAGACCUGGCACUGAUCCAGGUGCUGGACCUGCUGGAGACCACCACCACGCUAAACACAGAGCAGAGUCAUUUCUGAAGCAUUAAUC